AUGCUGUUUGUAUUCCACACAUGGCCCACACCUCCUGAUACCAGGUCAGAGCUGGACCUGUAUAAAAGUCGGAAGCUUCUAGGAGCACCUCAGUCCACCUACAUCCUGGGUGAUCUGCUCUGGUGCCUGAACCAGCUUCAUUCAGUUUCUGCUGAGAUGUCCUGCCAGCAAAGCCAGCAACAGUGCCAGCCUCCUCCCAAGUGCCCCUCCAAGGGUACUCCUAAGUGUCCUCCCAAGUGUCCCCCAAAAUGCCCCCCUAAGUGCCCAGCCCCCUGCCCACCUCCAGUCUCCUGCUGUGGCUCCAGCUCUGGGGGAGGGAGCUGCUGCAGCUCUGGGGGUGGCGGCUGCUGCCUGAGCCACCACAGGCCCCGCCGAUCUCUUCGACGCCGACACCAGAGCUCUGGCUGCUGUGGCAGUGGUGGUGGCCAUUCCGGAGGCUCCAGCUGCUGCAGUAGCUCUGGGAGCUCUGGCUGCUCUUCUGGGGCCUCUGGAUGCUGCAGCAGCUUUGGGGGCUCUGGCUGCUGCUCUGGGGGCUGCUGCUGAUCUGGGCCAUGAGGAGCACUGACGAGCAGCACUAGAGGAGCCAAUGUGCCAAAGACCCGCCCAGCCCGAGAAUUCUCUUUUCCCCAUUUGGAAGAACAGAAGAGGAUGGAAGAGCCUCUGAAAUGCUUUGAGUUUCCCUCUUCCUCCCACCCAUGUCCAUUCCAUUGUGAGGUCUAGAGGUUUA